GUGGGCGUCUCUCUAUCACAUUCAGCAGUUCAUGUUAAACACGUAACCAGGAACAACUGAGAGCUGAGAGUGCAACUGUGAACUGAGAGCAACCAGAAACACUGAGAGCUCAUCUGAACACACAUCGAGAGCUUCAGAAGAACUGAAUCUACUAACAACAGAGAAGAUCAUUGAAUAAGAGAAGAAUGAAGAUCAUCUGGACUUUCACUCUGCUGAUGAUUCCUGGUGUCGUGAGCUCCAUCAGUGUGACAGGAUAUUCAGGAGGAGGAGUCAUCAUCACAUGCAGAUAUGAUAGAAAAUAUAAAGACAAUGCAAAGUAUUUUUGUAGAGGAAAGGAGCCAGAUACAGCAUGGAUUGGAUGGUGCUCCAACCUCAUCAAGACCAAAGAGAAAGAGAAAUGGGUUGAUGAUAAAAGAUUCUCUCUGUAUGACGACACAAGAGCAGAAGUUUUUACUGUGACCAUCAGAGAUCUGAGUGAACGGGAUUCUGGGACGUACCUGUGUGCAUCUGAUAUCUCUUGGGCUGAAGAUCCCUACACUGAAGUAAAGCUGAACGUUAUAAAGGGUCAAAAAAACAGUGCCGUUACUGGAUAUUCAGGAGGAAACAUCAUUAUAAACUACAAAUAUGAGAACAAACUCAAGGAGCCUUUAAUAUCCAUCUGUAAAAGUAGAGCAGGCCGAUGUUUCAAACCAACAAGCGCAAACAGAGCAGCAGAAUGGAAACAUGAUGGACGAUUCACCAUUCAUGACAGCAGUUCUGCAGAUUUUUUGCGUUUGUUCAUUAAAGAGCUGAAUGUGAAUGAUUCUGGAGAAUAUAAAAUUAUGGUUAAAGUUUCUGAAGACCACAUAUUUUUCUCUAAACUGAACCUGAAUAUUGAGGAUGCUGAUUGUUGUGAGAAGAGCAUCAGUCUAUCAGCUGCUGCAGGAGGAUCUGUGAACAUCAGCUGCAAAUACCCACAAUCCCACAGUGCUGAUGUCAAGUUUGUCUGCAGGAGAUCUGGAUUUGAUCUCUGUGCUGAAGAGACGUCUGUGAAGGAGAACAGAAGAUGGAGCGCUGAGGCACAGAUCCAGCUGUAUGAUGACAGAGAGCAGCAGCUCCUGACGGGAACCAUCAGUCAUGUGACUCAACAACAUUCAGCUGAAUACUGGUGUGGAGUUCAGUCUGAUCAAGGACACAAGAGCUUCAUCACACGAGUCCUCAUCAGUGUUACUGAUAUUCCAAAAACAACUUUACUACCACCAUCAUCAUCAUCAUCAUCAUCAUCAUCAUCAUCAUCACCUUCUUCACCUUCAUCAUCAAUCAGAACUCCAUUGAUCACAGAAGUUUCCAAAUCUGGUUUCACAGCAGAAGGCUUUUCUCUGAUUGUUCCUCUGGUUCUGGUUCUUCUGGCUCUGAUCAUCACUGGUCUCUUAUUACUGUUUCUCUUUAAGAAGCAUCAGUCUCGAGUAGGUGGUUCAUCAUCUCAGGCUGGAGCAGGAAAACAUGAUCUGGUUUCUGGCACUGGUUGUGAUUAUGAGGAGAUUAAAGACACUCAGAAGCAAUUACCCACAAACCCCUCUGAUUCUCCUGACUGUGUUUACUCUACGGUUCAUGAAGCCACUGGUGACUCUCAGAUUUUGAUCACAUCUGCUGAUGAUCUGAAUUACGCCGUGGUGAAUUUCCAGAAGAAAGCAGACUGUCCUGACAGUGUCAGUUUGAGGAAUAAUCAGGAUUACAGUGAAUACGCUGCUGUCAAUCAUCACACUGCCUGACGAGCCACAGCAGAGAAUCUCAAUAAACUGAAUUCUUUGUUUUAGUGUGUCAACUAGAUG